AAACAGUGAAAGAAAAAUUUAAUUAAAUCGUGUAUAGAACGAAAUCAAAAUGGUUUUAGCGGAUUUAGGUCGUAAAAUAACGACUGCUUUGCAGUCGUUAAGCAAAGCAACCAUCAUAAACGAAGAGGUUUUAAAUGGCAUGCUUAAAGAAAUUUGUGCAGCACUGCUGGAAGCUGAUGUUAACAUUAGACUGGUUAAACAACUGAGGGAAAAUGUACGGUCUGUUAUUGAUUUUGACGAAAUGGCUGGAGGUCUUAAUAAAAGGAGGAUGAUACAAAGUGCUGUAUUUAAGGAACUUGUCAAACUUGUGGACCCAGGAGUAAAGCCAUACAACUUGGUUAAAGGCAAACCAAAUGUUAUUAUGUUUGUAGGUUUACAAGGUUCCGGUAAAACCACGACCUGUACAAAAUUAGCUUAUCACUAUCAGAAAAAAAACUGGAAGGCGUCUUUGGUGUGUGCCGAUACAUUCAGAGCUGGUGCUUAUGAUCAAGUAAAACAAAAUUGUACCAAGGCUAGAAUUCCUUUCUAUGGAAGUUAUACAGAAGUAGAUCCUGUGGUAAUUGCCCAAGAUGGUGUGGAUAUGUUUAAGAAAGAAGGGUUUGAAGUUAUUAUUGUGGAUACCAGUGGAAGGCAUAAACAGGAAGAAUCAUUGUUUGAGGAGAUGUUGGCAGUUUCUAAUGCUGUUAAACCUGACAACAUUAUAUUUGUUAUGGAUGCCACAAUUGGUCAAGCUUGCGAGUCCCAAGCAAAAGCCUUCAAGGAAAAAGUAGAUGUAGGAUCUGUAAUCAUCACUAAAUUAGACGGACACGCCAAGGGUGGUGGGGCCCUAUCAGCUGUCGCUGCCACAAAAAGUCCCAUCAUCUACAUUGGUACAGGAGAACACAUAGACGACUUGGAAUCUUUUAAAACAAAACCUUUCAUUAGUAAAUUGUUGGGUAUGGGUGACAUUGAAGGCCUCAUAGAUAAAGUAAACGAACUGAAAUUAGAAGACAAUGAAGAAUUGCUGGAAAAAAUUAAACAUGGACAGUUUACACUGAGGGACAUGUAUGAACAAUUUCAGAAUAUUAUGAAGAUGGGACCUUUUUCACAGAUAAUGGGUAUGAUUCCUGGUUUUAGUCAAGAUUUUAUGACAAAAGGCAGUGAACAGGAAUCAAUGGCAAGAUUAAAACGUCUUAUGACCAUAAUGGACAGUAUGAAUGAUGGAGAAUUAGACAGUAGAGAUGGAGCUAAAUUAUUUACAAAACAACAAGGCAGAGUUAUCAGAGUGGCACAUGGUUCAGGAGUUACAGAAAAAGAAGUAAAAGACCUGAUAGCUCAGUACACCAAAUUCGCAGCUGUAGUGAAAAAGAUGGGCGGUAUCAAGGGACUGUUCAAAGGCGGCGACAUGGCGAAGAACGUAAAUUCGAACCAAAUGGCGAAAUUGAACCAACAAAUGGCAAAAAUGAUGGAUCCUAGAGUGUUGCACCAGAUGGGCGGCAUGUCAGGGUUGCAGAACAUGAUGCGGCAACUUCAGGCCGGUGCUGCUGGCGGUUUGGGCGGUCUAGGCAAUUUGAUGAGCGGGUUCGGGGGAAAAUAAGUUAGUAUUUUAAAUUUAAAAGCAAGGAAACUUCUGGAAAUGUAACUAAUAUGUUGUCGAAGGUUUCAGCAGUGUCUUAUGUUUAUAUUUUUUUGUUUAUUAUAAAGUGAAAAAUUUUAUAUCAAUAAAGUUGAUUUAAUAUAAUUAA